GUUCAUCCAUCCACUUCAAACAAUUAAAAAAAGUUACAUUUUGAGUUAAAGGAGUGAAUUGAAAAGAAGAGAAAGAUAUAUGUAUUCCAUGAAAGGAACGGAGCAAAACAACGGCGGCGGCCACCACCACGACGGCCGCCUACGUGUGGUGAUGUUUCCAUGGCUAGGCUUUGGUCAUGUCUCACCUUUCUUGGAAUUGGGCAAGAAGUUGAGCUUGAGAAAUUUCGAAAUUUACAUAUGUUCCACCCCUGCAACCCUUGAGCCGGUGAAGAAGAAGCUUGCUGCCGCCACCGCUGGGGACGCCGCCUCCGUGAGCUUUCUCGAGCUCACGCUCCCGUCGUCUCCCGAGCUUCCGCCGCAAAACCACACCACCAACGGCCUUCCCCCGCACCUCAUGCCCCAUCUCAAGGAGGCGUUCGAAGCCUCGCGUCCCGCAUUUGCGCAGCUCCUCCGCGAUAUCAAACCCGACCUCCUCAUCUACGAUUUCCUCCCGCCGUGGGCCCCACAGGAGGCGGAGGGGCUCGGUAUCCCCGCGAUCCAAUUCAUCACCAUGAGCUCCACUUUCACUUGCUUCAAGUUCCAACAGUUCAAUCAGCCGGGCGUCGAGUUCCCGUUCCCCACCAUCCGGUACCGAGACUAUGAGCUCGCUAGGAUGGCCAAGGCGAACGCGUCGACCCCUCGGGAGAGACGCGAGAAAGACGAGAGGAGUGUGCGCGACUGCUUUUCGCGCUCUUGCGGUCUCGUCUUGAUCAAGACCUAUGAUGAGAUCGAAGGUCAAUACAGUAAUUUCCUCACCACUUUGACCGGAAAGAGGAUUGUCCCGGUUGGGGCAUUGGUUCAAGAACCUAGUAAAGAGGACGGGGAAUCUGAGGCGAUUGAGUGGCUCAAUGGGAAAGAAGAGAAGUCCACGGUAUUCGUUUCCUUCGGAAGCGAGUACUUCUUGACCGAAGAAGACUUGACAGAGAUCGCUCAUGGUUUGUUCCUUAGCAACCUGAAUUUCCUCUGGGUUUUAAGGUUUCCCAAAGGAGGAAACCGUGACAAUCUCAAACAUGUCUUCCGGUUCUUAGAAAGGGUCGGGGAUAGGGGUUUGGUCGUCGAUGGUUGGGCCCCACAAGCAAAGAUCUUGGAGCACCCGAGCAUCGGAGGGUUUGUGAGCCACUGCGGGUGGAGCUCGGUCAUGGAGGGCAUGAAAUACGGGGUCCCGAUCAUUGCCAUGCCCAUGCACAUCGACCAGCCCGUGAAUACCAAGCUGGCAGCAGAGGUAGGGGUGGCGAUGGAAGUUGUCAGGGACAACAGUGGAAAGCACCACCGCCGUAAAAUAGCGGCGGUGAUCGAAAUGGUGGUUCAGGGGGAGGGUGGAAAAGGCGUGAGGGCAAAAGCGGCGGCAAUGCGUGAGAUGCUGGCGGAGAAAGGCGACAAAGAGAUCGAUAAGGUGGCUGAGGAGUUGAGGAAGCUUUGUGCCAAGAACCUUUGCAGAAGGUCUCAAAAAGUCUUACAUAUCAAAUCCAAGAUCACAGCCGCCACCAAUGGAUACAAGGUGGUGCUCGCUGUUUUGGUCAUGGCUUUUCUCAUCUUUUUUCUUCGAAAGACUGUAGAAAAUCCAUGGCAGAACUAAAACUAGCUGCUGCCAGAACCCUAUAUGUGUAACUUCCAACGACAAUUCCCAACAAAACAUCUUUUGUGGCACUCUCAUGACGGAUCAUAGACACGCCUCCGUGAGGCGUUACGCACAGCCAAACGUAGAUGCUAUACUUGCUGGCCGGGUGGAAAUUCAAUAUUAUGUAUACUAUGUUUACGUUUAAAAAUGUAAGAUUAUAUGUUUAAUAUAUGAAAUAUUUACACUAAAUAGUAUUAAAAUUUAAGUCAUUUU